CGGCCACGUAGUUUCCCCUCGAGUGUUCAAAGUUACAGGAAUCUAAAGGGUGGAGAAUGAAGCGGCGCAAUGCGGAUUGCAGCAAACUCCGUCGCCCGUUGAAACGGAACCGAAUCACCGAGGGUAUUCACAGCAGUACCUUCCUGUAUCUGAAGUUCCUGGUCGUUUGGGCGCUGGUUCUGCUGGCUGACUUUGUGCUGGAGUUCAGGUUCGAGUACCUGUGGCCUUUCUGGCUUUUCAUCAGGAGCGUGUACGAUUCCUUUAGAUAUCAGGGACUGGCGUUCUCUGUGUUCUUUGUGUGUGUCGCAUUCACAUCAGACAUCAUCUGCCUCCUGUUCAUCCCCAAGCAAUGGCUGUUCUUCGCCGCCAGCACGUAUGUCUGGGUACAGUACGUGUGGCAUACAGAGCGAGGUGUGUGUCUGCCGACCGUCUCUCUCUGGAUUCUCUUCGUCUACAUCGAAGCAGCCAUCCGAUUCAAGGAUUUGAAACAUUUUCAUGUAGACCUUUGCCGUCCAUUCGCUGCUCACUGCAUUGGUUAUCCCGUGGUGACGCUGGGCUUCGGAUUCAAGAGUUAUGUCAGCUAUAAGAUGCGUCUGCGCAAACAAAAGGAGGUGCAGAAGGAAAAUGAGUUCUACAUGCAGCUCCUGCAGCAAGCCCUGCCUCCAGAACAACAGAUGCUUCAGAGACAGGAACGAGAGACAGAGGAGGGUAAGAUCACCAUUUGA